AUGGAAGGCGUCAUCCGGGCUCUAGUCAAAGUCAAUCAAUCGAUUUGCCUACCACCUGGAAGUCAUGGACUAGCUUUCACCACGGAUUCAAUCACCUCUAUUGCAAAAUUUUAUUCUUUGACUUUCUUCUUCCUGGGGGAGUUGAUGGACUGGUAUGUGCGAAGGUCCAAGUGUCGUCUUCUAGAGUGCUUGCACCAAGAUGUAUACUUGAACUUUCGGUAUCUCAUCUGGAGCAUUCGAAGCAGCGCGAUCCACAUCAUCGGUGGACUGAUCGAUGGCAUGGACAUGGACGACCCGAAGUACGAAAAGAAGCGGAAAAUUAUGCAGAGCAGUGACCUCUAUCUCUGGGAGGAGACGAGAUUAAGCCAAGUCGGCCUUCAAAAAUGGGACCGUCGGCUUAUAGCUCAGAGCGCCAUGACCCGUCAGUUGAUAUGGGAAAUUCAACACGAUGCGGCGGAGCGACUCCAGCUAAGGGCCGAAAGCCAUCUACUUCUCUUGCAGAUGCUCGACUUGACCAGCCAGCGGCUUCGGUCUGUCACCCAGCAAAACAGCGGUAUCGCCUGCUUAACGACGACGGUCGCACAGGACAUAGGUAUGCAGGGUGGUGACCUCGGGACAGACCUGCCGUCGGAACUGACAUUGAUAACGUCCCAAGAAACUUCCAGAUACAAAUGGUCCUCAGGGCCUAAACACAAAUAUACUCGAGUAGAGCUGCAGCUCGCCUCGAAGCACCUUCAGGACUUUUUCCGGAACGACGACCAAGUGACCGAUCUCGAUUCCGAUGUCGAUGUGAUUGCCGAGGACAGUGUUGUGGAAUGCUUGCAGCAAUGGGCCACCAAUGUUCAUUCCCAAGUACUCGCCAUUGGUGGCUCCCCAACCACUGCCUUUCCUAGCCCGGUUGCCCUCAUCUCGGCCUGUUACGCCACCUUUGCUCGGAAGGCGAAAUUACCUGUCAUCUCUCACUUUUGCUCCCUCCCCACCGAAGAACGAAGUGGGAUGACCUUGUUCGAACAAGGUCUUAUAUCGCUCGCUUAUAGCCUCAUUCGACAAUUAAUUGAUUACUUGCCUCCGGUGUUGGAAGGCCACGCCGCGUGCAAUCUAAAUACGGAACGCUUCAGCGCGCUAAAUGGCACGAUGACUAGCUGGAAGGAGGUGCUCUCGCUAAUUGACAUGCUUUUGUACCUGGCCCCUCCCGUUCUCGUUUGCGUCAUUGACGGCCUCGAUGUCCUCGGAGAUUCCUCGACCGAUGGACCGAUCCGGUCCCUCGUUCGAACGCUUUCGACCCACACGAGACAUCAGACGGCCCCAACGGCGGAUGGGAGCCAAAAUCAGGAUGUGCUGCUGAAGGUUCUCUUCACCGUCGCUGGACGACCGAACACACUAGUGGAGACCCUUUCGGAGAACCGUCUGAUUCUCAGUGAGUCGAAUCAAGUCAGUCAGUUGGCCUCGACCGAUGGCGCGUUGAAUCCUGAUGUCGGGAUUGUCAUGAUGAAUGCAUGA